AUGGCAGUGACGCCAGUGCUGCGACAUGGUGGGACCCCAUACGACUGUGAAACGCAGGUGGCUUUAUCAGUUCCCGAUCGCGAGCGCCUGGAUUGGGAGUUGAUCGUCCUGGACGCCAGUCGUGCCACACAACUGGGGCGCCAUGUCAAGCUGCGCCGUGGUGAUCGAAUCCUGCGGGUUGAGGAGGCCAUGACGGUUUCAGAGCUGAGGGAAAUGAUUGCAAGCCUGGCUGCGUUGGACUCCCGUGGCGCAGAAGAGCCCGAGGCUGCGAUGGAUGGAAAACCCCUGAGAUCCUCAUAUCGAAACAUGCCGAUUCACGAGGUGGAGCUGCUGGUGGAUCUUCGAAGCUUGCGAGAGGCCGACAAAGCUUUGGAGAGCGCACUACCACUCUCCUGCAAGGAACUUUUGCUUGUUAAGCUUGUUGACAGCUUCUUUGCGUUGAACUUUGGCAUCGAGAACCCCACUCUUCCCCAGGGCUUCAAUCUGAACCCGGAAUUCCCGGCUGCGGGCUCAGCACUUGAGACUGUGGCGAGGAGUCGCUGGGACUGCCGCGCCCUGGCCGCACCGAAAGCUCAGAGCUACACAGAAAAGAGUCAAAGCCUUGUCACUUUCGAGGGCAAGGACCAGAUCAUGAUGACUCGGCUGAGGAGGGUGAUCCGGGACCUGAACGUCCAAGAAGCAUCGCAAGUGGUGGAAAAGCUGACGAAGCGACCGCAGCCAUCUCUGUUGGUAUUUUCUCCGGCCGAUGCGGCAGCAGAUGCGGUGGAAUUUGAGGUGGAGCGACUCAGUGAGACGCUGCUUGGCGCUGCAGGCCUGACUGGCAGUGGAGGAGGUGGACGUGACCUGUGGAAUGCUCUGGUGACUGGCAGCCGGGGUGCCUUGGCAGAAGCAGUGGACGAAUCCGGCGCAACGGAGGGCUUCACAAUGCCGUUGGAUGGCCUGUGGCUGGAGGCCUUGUACAAUGUGGCUGCCAUAGCUUUAGACUUGCGCCGAGAGGAGAUUCAAUUCUACACAGACGCCUGGUGUACGCGCACCAUUGAGAUGGACUGGCACCGUCAACUGGACGAGAUUGAUGAGACUUUGGGCUGGGUCUCCCAGCAGGUGGAACACCUCAAGGCCAAAGCUCAGCAAGUCCUGGUGAUGCGGCGAUUAGAAGGUUGGGUGCUGACGGUGCUGACUGCGGGGAGGUGGGCUAUGUGUCACCCCUUGAUUAAACCUGCCUUGACCCUGGAAUCCCUGGAGGUGUUUGGCAGAUUCCGUCUGCAGGCCUUGGAUGUUUUGCACCCCAAGAUGAUUAGGUGUGGAGACCUCUACAAACCCACAGAUGGAAGUGCUUCGAAGAUCGAUGAGUUCAGUGAGUGCAGUAUCUCAGAGCAUCACUGCGUCCCACAGCAGAAGUUGACCUGUUCGAUCCCUCGAAAUGCGAAAGGACGGCUGGAGCUCAACACAUUGACUGGCACCUGGUAUGUGACUCGCGGCUGGAAUCCCAUGUUCGAUUGCUUCGACUGCCAGGUGCAUCACUUCAGCCUUCAGCAAGGAGCGAAACCUCUGCUGGGUGAUUUGAAGUAUGCGGUGAAGAAGGACUUGACUUGCACUGCGCCGAAUUGCGACUAUCUUCCACGUGAGGUUCAUCAAAGCUUUGCACAAGAUCCUGAGAACCCCAUGCACCUCAUCAACCACAACAACUCAGCCAAGGAGAUGCACUAUAUGGAUGACUGGUACGUCUUGGCAUCCCGGCCGAAUGUGUACGCGCUGAUCUACUACUGUGGUUGCAAUGAUGCCUGCUGUGGCUACGCUGGUGCCGUACUUUACACACGAAGUCCUCGCUUUGAGGACCUUUCUACUCAGGAUGUGGAAGAGAUCAAAGGGGCCAUCAGUGGCGCAGAGGUCCAUGGUUUUGACUUUGAAGGUCUUUGUACUCCCGUGGCAUCCUCCUGUGAGGGAGCUGCAUCGAAUGCGCCCGCGGCAAAAGGCCAUGGAAGAUGGAUAGGGUGUGGCCAGAUGAAUUUCAAGCUUCUCGUGCCAGUGCUGCUGGCUCUUGCAGUGCCGCUGGCAGUAAAGCGAGCUCACAUUCCCCAACACUUGCUUGGACAUAUUGCACUUCAUCAAGACGACCUGAUCGAUGCGGAGAGCGGCCGAAAGCUGAAUGAGAUCCUACGACAGAUGGGAGCGGAUGAGAUUGGAUAUCCCACGAACAUCGCGGCAGAUUUGAAAACGGGCGUGAAAAAGGUCCAACACCGGCAUGUGGGUGAAGCUAAGCCCGUGGAGGCGGAUGGGAGCUGCUCUCAUCAUCUUCUUGUCCGAGACGGGAAUAGCAGUGACUGUAUUCUACCACAGCGCAUUGAUGUUGGGAAGCACUUCAUCAUGACAGGAGGACCUGAAGCCAUUCGUGAGCCAUAUGAAGAUAUGAUUUCGCGGGUGUCUUCCUUCGGACGAUACUUGUUCGACCUGAAAGAGCUGCCCGUGGUGGAGAAGCUCUUUGAAAAUCCCAAGUUUCUGCACUUUGCCAAGAGCGUGUGCCCCAAAGACAAGCAAGUUUUGGACCCGUUUCAGUUCAACUUCAUCCUCUCCGUGCCUGGUCAAACAGUGGCGCUUCACCUGGAUUCACCGUACUUUUUGGGUGCCACCCGCUUUCAAGUGCCACAGUGGCUGUUGGCGGUCAUGGUCUUUAGCGGCCUCUUCCAAGAUCGCUUCAUCGACCAGGUGCAGGUGGUGGGUUAUUUGCACGAUCAAAUGGCCGUGGAAGACCGAAGCUCAGGAGGUUUGGGCAAAGUGUCAACAUCCUUCAGAGUAGAUGGAAGCAAAACUCUGCAUGCUGCAGGGGUGUUCAAGCCUGAAGUCAAGACACCCUUCCUCGACAAGGACAAAGACAAUGCCUUGUUCUACGCUGGUGAUGAACGGUGGGAACUUCGAAGCGAGGGAGAGGUGGUCCAACGCUACAACUCCUCUGAGCUGAGGAUGACCAUCGUUUACAGGGCGCGCUGCUUUGCCUCCGAGAAGGAGAGGCAGAGGUAUCUCAAGCAGGCGCCCGAAGACAUGCUCAGUUUAGAAGGCAUUUUGGAGACUCUCACGAAUGAUUUGGUUGCACGGCGGAAGCUCUCCAGGGAGCAAGCGACCAGCAUUCAUCGUUUGGAUUUGGCGGUGAUGCUCUUGGACACCUACAUUAAGUAUCCACUGCCUGACCUUCAACAUGCCAUGGUACCUUUGAACUACUGUGCGCUUCCCCGACGAGCUGGCAGAUUUCAUGAACCCCUGAGCCGGAUUCUGAGCCCGUUCUGCCGACGUUAGGAAACUCUGAAGAAAGUCGUUCUGGUCCCAGUUUCGGGGGUUCCGAAGGACCCAACCAGUUGUUGCCCGAAUUGAUGGAAGGGUCCAGAACAAAAGCUGGGAAUACCUUUGGGUUAUGUUGAUGUUUCACACCCUUGUGACCCUUGCCCUCUGGUAAUGGUCAGUUGGACCAGCCACAAGGGUCGCUUUGGUUCUUUUAACCUCUGAAUUUUGUUAUGCUGCUUGGAAGAGGCAUGAAGAAGUCUUUUGAGACUCCUUUGGCGAGGAAAAUCUGGGUCCUUGAUGGCGGCCUGCUUCAAAGCCUGGUGCCGGCGGAUACCCGGAUACCCUUCGAGAUUAUCCCUUCAGACUGAUGCAGAACCUUCGAAAAUGUCUGUGCCAGAUCCUUGUUGACAUGCAAGGAAAAGAUGG